AUGUUGAAAUCGAUACAGUCCCAACUUUUACGGUCGACCCGGCUGAGGCGACCAAUAUGUUCCAGCUGUUGUUUGUCCCACACGCAACGAAGAUGGCUCUCGGUAGAUGCUUUGGGCCCAGUGUCUGCCUUCAUUCACACCCCGCCCAAGGGUUAUGAACGGCAUGACGACCUUUUGCUCCGCGAUAUUUUCGAUUCGUCGACGCAUUGGAAGGAGUUUUCGGCACCGCCGUACAUAAACAAACCGGUCGGUCUGUUUAGGAAUCAGUAUCUGAGGACACCUAGUGGGUUCCUCACCUUCGCCCAGGUGAGCUUGAAGAGAGCGCGGGCCACCGUCGACAAGGUGCUGUCGGCAAAGACGGUGGAGGAAUAUCGAGGAGUUGUUCGCCAACUUGACAGGUUGAGCGAUAUCCUUUGUCGAGUUCUUGAUAUGUGCGAUUUCGUCCGUGUGACACACCCAGAGCUUCUCACCCAGCGCAGCGCCGACCAAGCUUGGGAUUUGGUAUAUCAGUACAUGAACGAGCUCAACACCAUGACUGGCUUAUACGAUCAGCUGAUCAAGGCCAUGUCGAACCCCGAUGUUACGUCUGUGUGGUCAGAAGAGGAAAAGUCUGUUGCUGAGGUGUUGAGGUUGGAUUUCACCAAGUCUGCCGUCAACCUGAGCCAAAGGCACCGGGAGCGUUUCGUGUGGUUGUCGUCACAAAUCAGCACAGUUGGGUCUCGGUUCAUCCAGGGGAUGAAGCCAGAGUACCCCGAGAUUACUGUGCCGAGCAGCAAGCUUAUGGGCAUGGACCCGGUAGAGGUCAGAUCGGCCACUCGGUUUGGCCAGACCACCUUGGAGACACUGGGUUCAAAAGCCACUUUGGCGUUGCGGACGGUCAAGGAUCCUGAGGUCAGGCGUGCUCUCUAUCUCGCUUCUCGUACAGCAUCUACCCGCUCGGUAGCUAUGCUCGAGCAUAUGGUCAAGUUGAGAGGCGAGCUCGCCGAUCUCUCAGGCUUUGAGAGUUAUGGCCAUCUGGCUCUUCGUGAUCGCAUGAUGGCCAAAAGCCCAGAGGCGGUGGACCAAUUCCUCCGUGCCCUGGCACAUAGCAACGGCCACAAAGCCAAAACAGAAUUGGCCGAGCUCAGAAUGUUGAAGGAGAGGGAGACAGGCAAGUCUGAGGAGGUUUACCCUUGGGAUAAGGACUACUACCAGGAGGCUCUUCGAAGAUCAGAGAGGGCGCCGACGCGGUCGGAUGACCUCUCCGCCUACUUUUCUGUCGGCGUCGUCAUGCAGGGCCUCUCCAGGCUUUUCACUCAACUGUACGGCAUCAGAUUUGUGCCAACGCAAACAUUGCCGGGAGAGACAUGGCAUCCGGAUGUGCGCCGCCUUGAUGUCGUGUCUGAUACAGAUGGCGUGGUGGCUGUGUUAUACUGUGAUCUUUUCUACCGGCCAGACAAGUCGCCCAACCCAGCUCACUUUACGCUCCGCUGCUCACGCGAGAUCUCAGCAGAGGAGGUGGACGAGAUCUGGCUUGAGAGCAAACACGAUCCAGAUGCUCAGUCUUUCCCGACCCCGGAGCAGGCGGCGAACGACGGGAUGAUGUACUCCAAGCGUGGAAAGGCCGUGAUGCAGCUUCCCACCAUCGCCCUCGUCUGCGACUUUCCCCAGGCCGCCAGGGACCAGCCUGCUCUCCUGAACUUUUACGAGUUGGAAACGCUCUUUCAUGAGAUGGGCCACGCCAUACACUCGAUCCUAGCUCGUACCUCGUUCCAGAAUGUGUCUGGCACCAGGUGCGCUACAGACCUGGCGGAGCUGCCAUCGACAUUGAUGGAGUUCUUUGCCGCCGACCCGGCCGUGCUGGCGUUAUUUGCUCGGCAUUACCAGACGAACGAGCCGCUUCCUUACAAGCUGGUCACUCAAAAGCUCCACCAGGCGCGGAGGUUCGAGGGUCUGGACACUGAAAACCAGAUUAUCAUGGCAAUGCUGGACCAAAGGCUUCACUCAGCUGAAGCUAAUCGACCUGGGUUUGACUCUACCAAGAUAUUCCACCAGAUUCAGAGAGAGCUCAGCAGCAUGCAGCCUGAUCCAGAGGACACGAGAUGGCAGGGCUUUUUUGGGCAUUUGUCUGGGUACGGAAGCACUUACUACAGCUAUCUGUUCGACAAGGUGCUGGCCCAACGGGUUUGGGACGUGGUGUUUUCCGGUGGCGCAAACGGCUUGGCGCUAGAUAGACAAAACGGGGAGAGGCUUAAGGAGAGCCUCCUCAAGUGGGGCGGCGGUCGUGACCCAUGGACAUGCCUCUCUGAUGUUUUGAAGGACGAGAGGCUGGCUGAUGGCGGAGAGAAGGCCAUGGCUUUGGUAGGCAGUUGGGGGGCAGGAAGUCACUAG